GUCUGCAUCGCAGACCAGUGUCGUAAUUUGGAGUUCGGACCUGAGAAAGCAUUUGGCGGGAAACGCCUCAUCAACCACACAAUUCGCACCGUAGAAAUUCCAGUUUCCAACUUCUGUGAAAACAUGUGUUAUAUGGAGCCCGACUGUGUCAGCAUUAAUCUUUAUACACGGGCAGAUGGAAAUGGAAACUAUAAAUGUGAACUGAACAAUGCUACUCAUGAAGGACACGAAGGAAAGUUGAUAGAACAAGAAAUGUAUGUUUAUCACGCAGCGGAGGUAAAUAUUACUUUCAAUUUAAGAUUCAGAUUGGUGUACUUUGUUUUUCUUUUGUAAAUUCAUAGUCUCACGUUUACCUUGAAUUACGGACUCUUUCAUGACACUAGCAAUAAUAUUGUGUCUGUGCUCUUCACCAAAAUCUCCUCAAAGACAAAGCAUUUUAAAGUUAUUGGAGAAAUAUAGAAAUACAAGGACAACUAUGAUGACAAGGAUAACGAUGGCGAUAUUGAUGAUGGUAGCGGUGCGGACUAUUAAAUGUUGAAAAUAAUUUUAAGGUUGAUAGUAACGAUGACAAUGACAACUGUUUGUUUCUUCUGUUAGAGCAAUUGUGUUGAAAAUCCUUGUAAGAACAAUGCUACUUGUCAAAGCGGAUUUACUAAGAAAGGUUUUCGGUGUCUGUGUAUCGCUGGAUUUGAGGGUCCGAUUUGCGAAAGAGGUAAACACAACUUUUAUGAUGAUAUCUUUAGACUUUCAGUUUAACAACAACAAGAAAAAACUUUAUCGCUGCUUGUUAAUUGUGUCUCAAAUAAUAAAAUAGCUUUCUCUGUACUCAUUUAGCUCAAACCGCUCUUACUAGUCACUAGGACAAAGGGCCUUUGUUGCGGUUACUUCACCAACACCACUCGAUGGCGAAGUUUUCGUUUUUUGUCAUUUCUUCUCGUCAUCUCCUAUCUCCUUAUUCGUCUUGACAUAUUUUCUCCUGAGCUGCACUGAAAGUGAAAAGAGACAAAAGUAAAAUAGAUGAACCACAAGCAAAAAGAUAAUUAGCCACCUAUAGAACUUUCGGGAUUAAAAAAGAGGGAAUAUGUGACUGUUUCGCAGCUCAUCAGCACUGUUUGUGACUUACAAGUUGGUUGUGGGUCGACUCAUUUUGAAUACAUUUUUUCCACUCUGUACAAAGUAAAUGAAGUGUAGUGAUCACAAGAAAAGAAAAACUACGUUUAUCAUAUUGAGAACAGUAUGUGUAGGAGGCCUACCUGAUUAUUCUUGUACAGUUGUUAGUGCUUCUAUUUUUUUUUUUCAGUACGAUAAUUUUGUUUUUAUUUAUUUAUUUAUUUAUUUUUUUUUUGUUCAGACAUCAACGAAUGUGUUCGUGGGCUACACAAAUGCAGCUCUGAUGCGUUUUGCAGCAAUACUAAAGGUUCCUACAAUUGCACUUGCAAACAUGGAUUCACGGGAAAUGGACGAGAAUGUAAAGGUAGACGUUGGAUUUAUUACCAAUUAUGUGAUGAAAAAAAUAAAGCUUGCAUUUGCAAAUUAUCCACAAAGGGGUGGUAAGAAAAUGUGUAGAGAAACUGAACGCGAGAGGAGAUACAUAUAGACGAAACCACAUUGAAACAAGGUAUUCUUAAUCUCCAAAGUGUUUUUGCAUCAAUCGGAAUCAAUGUACUCAUCAUUGUUUGUUGGUUUCGUUCAUCUUUUGUUGAAGAGACUGUCGCAUGGCUACAGAAACCUAUUUGAUGUUCUCAACAACAAAUAUUAAUGAUGUUCAAAUCAAGUACGAAUAUCAAGUAAUACUGCUGACCUUUUAAAUAUUUUAUAUAUUUUCGUCAAUUAUUGGUCGGCUUUAUAUCUGUAGACAUCAAUGAGUGUGUCGCAAGGUCACACUCUUGCAGCCCUGAUGCCUAUUGCAACAAUACCAAAGGCUCUGUACAUGUAAACCUGUUUCACUGGGAGUGA